ACAGCUCUGUUCUUCCUAGAAAAUUGACGUUCGUCGGAACGGAAUCUCCCACUCUCAGCGCUCCUCGCAGUGCUUUACGGAUUCGGAUCUCAAAAGAUUAGAUCUUUGAUAUCAUCCGGAACCGGUCUCGAGCUGCCCGCAUCGUGGUCUCGGAUUGACGACUCCUGUCGGGGCAGGACCGGUCGAGGGCCGGCGGUUGGUCCGUUUCGAUCCGCCUCGGGCGCUUCACUUCGGUUUUUGGAACAGAGCUCUUGCUUUCUGGGGUAAGGUAGAGUUUUUCCGGCGAGUUUGGGGGGGCAAGGAGAGGAGAAGAGAAGGGAUGGAGGGGAAAUGGCGGAAGAAGUGGUUGUGGCCGGUGGUGGUGAUUUGUCUGAGCGUCCUCCUGACGGCGGCGAUGGCAUCGGCGGAUAGAGGACAGAAGUCUGAGGCGUUGGGAGAUGAUGUUUCCGUCGAAGAAGAGAUGGGUGCUUCAGAUUACCUUCUAAAGGUGGUAAACUUCUUGUGGCAGCCCAAUGAAUCGUCUUAUCAACAUGUUUGGCCGCCGAUGACAUUUGGCUGGAAAAUCAUCGUGGGAUCAAUUAUUGGGUUCCUUGGAGCGGCUUUCGGCAGCGUUGGGGGUGUGGGUGGAGGUGGGAUUUUUGUUCCCAUGCUCACGUUGGUCAUUGGAUUCGACCCGAAAUCGUCAACCGCUAUAUCAAAAUGUAUGAUCAUGGGUGCGGCAGGUUCAACUGUAUACUACAAUCUGAAGCUCAGGCAUCCAACUCUAGAUAUGCCUAUUAUCGAUUAUGACCUGGCUUUGCUUUUCCAACCAAUGCUCAUGCUCGGAAUCAGUAUCGGUGUUGCUUUCAAUGUACUGUUUGCUGAUUGGAUGGUUACAGUUCUUCUAAUUCUCCUCUUCUUAGGGACAUCAUCCAAGGCAUUUAUGAAGGGUGUUGAGACAUGGAAGAAAGAGACAUUGAUGAAAAAGGAGGCUGCAAAACGUGCAGAUACAAAUGGAAGUGAAGAAAUUGAAUACAAGGCGCUCCCGACUGGUCCAGGCAAUGCCAAAGAGUCCAAGACUCGACAAUUAGAGGUCACAGUUCUUCAGAAUGUCUGCUGGAAGGAGCUUGGCCUUCUCAUGUUUGUGUGGAUGACAUUCCUUGCUCUGCAGAUUGUGAAGGAAUAUACUUCGAAUUGUUCAAAAUCAUACUGGAUUUUGAAUUUGCUGCAGAUACCAGUGUCUGUGGGAGUGACUGCAUAUGAAGCAGUUAGCUUAUACAGAGGAAAGAGAGUGAUUGCAUCGAAGGGAGAUGAAGGAACAAAUUGGAGAGUUCUCCAGCUAGUUCUAUACUGCGCAACUGGUAUCCUUGCUGGUAUGGUUGGUGGAUUGCUUGGGCUUGGGGGAGGGUUUAUUUUGGGCCCUCUUUUCCUGGAGCUUGGUAUUCCUCCUCAGGUGUCAAGUGCUACAGCAACUUUUGCCAUGACGUUUUCCUCAUCCAUGUCUGUUGUAGAAUACUACCUCUUAAAGCGUUUCCCUGUUCCAUAUGCUGCCUACUUUGUUGCCGUUGCAACUGUUGCUGCCUUUGUAGGCCAACAUGCAGUGAGGAAGCUGAUUAACAUACUCGGGAGGGCAUCUCUCAUCAUCUUCAUCCUAGCUUUCACUAUUUUUGUCAGUGCCAUCUCAUUGGGUGGGGUUGGUAUCUCAAACAUGAUUCACAAGAUCCAGCGGCAUGAGUACAUGGGGUUUGAGAACCUCUGCAAGUACUAAGCUAGCUAGCAUUAAUCAAAAGGUGGAAAUCUCUUCCAUCAAACUUUGUGGCCCCAAGUUUUGUUUUUCCUUUUUCCCCACGUUUAGGUAGAAGGGCCUUGGGCAGUUGACCUGCCAUGCUUUUGUACCAAUUUUUCAAUUAUUAGUGCUAAUAAAAGUUCUUCAAAUA